UAUAUAAAAAAAAUACACAUUUUAAAAUUGUAUUGCUUACCUGCUGCUGCCAUAUAGACUCUCCAAAAAGUCAUAGAACACUUUCCAGAUGGACGAAAAUACAUGAAGUUUGUUUUUCAAAAAAAUAGCUAAUCUAAUAGGCAAGGCAUGAGGUCAUCCCCUUUAUCCAUUGAAACACACCAUGGCUUUCUUCUUUUUUUACUAAGAACAUGCAAUUACAAGUUUAGCUUCCAACAAACAGAUAAUUAACAAUGACCUUUCAUGAUUUUAAAAUUCAGAGAACAAAUAUGUAAUAUACACAACCUGGGAUUCAAGAGGAAUUUGACACCCCUGGGAUAAACAACCAAAACAGUCUGUGCAUGUGACAAUAUUCUGUAUUCCGACAGCAAUAAAAUCACAGACUACCCCCUAUAAAUGUUGAAAAUAAUUUCCGUCCCUAUGAAAAACAAUUGCUGUCUGAAUAGGGCUUAUGUUGGUAUUCGUGUAGUCUUUCUCCUGGGUUUUCUUGUUCCUUUUGGAUUUACUUGUUAAAACACUGUUUCUUGGAAUUCUAUCAUUGUGUGCCUCAUUACAAUCAUUUACAGAUGACAGUUAGGAGGCCAUAUGUAUUAAAUUAUGUAUUAAAAAUAAAAGGGACCUUAUAAAUAUGUCUGGACAUAUAAAAUUUUCAGCUGCAAUUGAAAAUUACACUCAUUUAAAUUUGACCUACGACAUGCAGUUAAUCUAAAUUUACAUGUUAACAUAAGUUCACCUACAAAACUUAUGUUCACACAUAUUAGGACAGUAAACAUUUUUACUUAAGUGUACAUGAAGAGUUCAGAUGCAAAACCAGCUAAAAGCCAUCUCGGUUAAAAAUGAGAUAAUGAUACUGAGUGAAUUCUCCUGAGUAUACGUCCAUCAAAUACUUUUACUUCAAACUUGCUAAAUUCCAGUCUCAGCCCAAUCAGAAGUACCAGUACUUACAUAGAAACCUAUAGAAAGUAGCCAGAUAGAUUUUAUUUUAUUUUAUUUUAUUAAUUUUUUAAUGCAUUUCAGUUGUAUCACUUAAUAAUCCACAUAAGGCACUGGUGUUUGGACCCUGAUGAGUAUUUAACUAAAAUAUGUCAAGUAGUUUAUUUUUAUCACUUUAACACAGCAUGUUAAAUAACUGUAUGCUGGUUUUCUGCCUGCAGGUGAACGGUUCACUUGUAAUGAACAUUUUCAGUGCUUUAACUGCAGGCAUUGCCCUUAUUUUAACUUCAUUGGAUUUGGCUUUAGGACCGCUGUACAUUUACCAUUACUGCAACUAUUAUCAAUGUUAUGAGACGUAUAUGACUCUCUUCAGGGUAAUCAGUGGUGUAUUGCUGUUAUUCACCUUACUUCAGUUUGUCAUCUCCAUCUGUCUGUCAGCAUUUGCUUGUAAAGUGUCAUGUUGUUGUUGUCCCCCUCAGAUGCUGUUUGUUCCACAUGUUUUAACUACACAGCCCUCUGAUAUCAGGCCUGAUCAUGAGCUUAACAGCUCAGAGAUACCUGUGGCCAGAAGCUCUUCCAUGAAUCACCAUUAUGAAGAACCUAAAUACAAUAAUUGUGAAUAAAUAUUAAUAAUUUAAGAAAAUAAAAAAAAAAGGUGGGCAAAGUUUGGUCUUGCAGUUGUUUGUGAUGCUUUUGUGGGUUUCCCAAUGAUUUCCUGUCAAUUAUCUUUAAUGUCCUUUCAUCAUUUUCAUAUGUGUAAACAAAAACUAUUCAAGACUAGAUGCUAUUUCAUGAUUUUCUUUUUAGUUAAGUCAAGAACGUUGCAUAAUCAUCAGUGAGACUGGAUAGACUGUUUUGAAUAUCUGUA